AUGGAGACGACGACGAAAUCCGCUCUGUUGGAGUUUCUCCGAGCGGACGAAACCGACAUAUUCGCGAGAUCAAAGAUUGAACCUCUGAACACCGGUUUGUCUUUUUUAGACCAACACAAAUCCUUGAAACAUUCGCAAGUGAUCGAAGCGUGCGGGUUGGGUGGAAGUGGGAAGACUGAAUUGCUGAUUCAAACUGCCGUGGGCGCGAUAUUACCGAAAGUCUUACACAACAUCCCGUUCGACGGGAGCGAGCGAGGAUGCGUUUUAAUCGAUUUAGACGGGAAGUUUGACACGUUACGGUUUUUAGAGGUGUUACAGGCGAGGAUUAAGGAGCGUUUACAGAUUCACCAUCGCGAAGGAAAACGAGGAAUAGACGUCGAAAAUGAAGAACGACAACAGCCCGAGAACGUCAUCACGAGAGAAUCUAUAUUUGACGACUGUCAUAACGUUUCGUUAUCUAGAUUUCGAUUGAUGCGGUGUUAUUCGAGCAUUGAUUUGCUCAAGUGUUUAACUAUUAUGGAAAAGGACGAGAAGUUCAUGCAGUUUCCGAGUUUAUCCGAGCAACAUUUAGAGAAUAGUAACAGAAAUAACAAUAAUAACAACAACAACAACAACAACAAUAACAUGACGCCGGUAAGGUUGGUACUCGUCGACAAUGUGGCCGCAUUUUAUUGGAUAGACCGCGCAUCCCGUCGCGAUAAGAAUGCGCCGUUUAAUUUACAAAACGUGCACUUUUCGGUUGGGCAAAAAAUGUUAACCAUAGCUCGUAAGCGACGCGUCACGUUUCUAUGCACGAAAACGACGACCAAGCUCGAUCCGAUUGGUACGAAGCACAAAGACUUUUUGCCUCUACCGUGGUCGAAAUGCGUAACGCAGAGACUACUAUUAGACAGAAGGGACAGUAAGAACAGCAUAGUCCGUUGGGAUAAUCCGGCGGAGAGAAACAGUUGCGGCUAUUCAAUCACGCCCGGAGGCAUUAGAGCAGACUAG